AUAUGCUCUUCAAACACUUGAACCUGCUUGGAUUACAUCUAGACAAAUAGAAGCAGGGCGACGAGCAAUGACACGAAAUCCAGUUACAGUAAGACCCGCGGAAACGCGUAUGGGUUCUGGGAAAGGAUCCCCAGAGUACUGGGUAGCUGUGGUUAAACCAG